AAAAUGUAUCAGUAACAGCCCAAGAGGGCCCAGGUGCCGAAAUUGCUCUCGGGUCGCUGCCUCUCGUUCUGUUCUCCUCUGCGCAAAACGACCCCAAAUUUGUCGGCGCAAAACCACCAAAGCCAAGUACAGAGAGGGGAGAGGUUAUUUUUCCUUUCUCUUUAAUUAAUCUUAGCUCAUGGUGAUCGGCCUCGUUUUCUCAGCCUCUUCGCGGAGCCAAUUUUGCGAUAAAGAGGGGUUUUGUUGUUCAAUCCCGGCUGGGAUUAAUGGGGGGAUUCGACCUCCCUGCUAUAGUCGAAGAAUAAGUUCCGACAACUCUAGUAUAAGCUUUCGAUGUAGGAAUCUCUUUUUUGGGGCUAUGCGAUCUCACUGGUCGCCCACAGGACAGGAUAUUCCUCUAUCCAAUGUUCAGGUCGCUGCUGAUGAUUAUUCGGGAUCAACAUCUGACUCGUCUAACUUUAUGGGGCAUCAUGGGUACCAUCCUCUUGAAGAUCUGAAAGGGCACGAAAGGAACAUGGAUAUGCUGCUCACAGAUGCUGAGAUUGCCAGGACUACUGUUGAGGCCAAUAGCAAGGCAUUGCUUGUAUUUCCUGGAAGUGUACACUGCGAACCUCAUGAACAUGUCUCAUGGGCAGAGUAUCAGUAUGUCAUUGAUGAUUUCGGAGAUGUGUUUUUUGAAAUUUUUGAUGAUGAAAACAUCUUACAAGAUCGCUACGCAAGUAGUCCUGUGGCAGUUCUUAUUGGGAAGGAUAAUUCUCUUGGUGGAGAGAACAGAAUGACAAGGAGCAAUUAUAGUGAUAAUUUGAGCAGUGACCCUAGUGUUGAUAUCUGGUUUGAGAAUGAAUAUGAUGAGAUUGUUAACACAGAGGUAACUGAUACUCUCAUCAAAUGGGGAAUGCCAGAAACUAUGCGCUAUGUUCAUCCUAUGUACUUCUCAAAGUGCUUGACCAAGUCAGUGGGUACGGACUAUAGGGAAAAGAUGGAAUUCCCGUCAAAUGGAAUUUCUAUUUUAGGAUGCCUAAGACCUGCAUUUGUAGAUGAAGAAUCUUAUCUUCGAAGGUUAUUUCAACAUGAGGAUGAUGAUGGCUAUUCAUCUGAUUGGAGAGAUGAAUCUGAGAAAGAAGAGGAACAGGUUGCUGGAACUUUUGACUUAAUUGAUGGAAAAAUAUUGAGAUUUGGUAAUAGAGGUUAUGCUAGUUCAACUCUCUACAAAUUGGAGAUUAUGUCAGUGGACCUGUUCUCAAUCUAUGGUGUUCAGAGCACAAUUAGUUCACAAGAUUUUCAAGAUGCUGAACCUGAUUUACUUGCGCAAUCUGCUUCAGCAAUUAUAAAACGUUUCAAUGAGGGAAUGCAAUGCAGCACGGCUCUUAAAGCUCUUUGCCGAAGAAGGAAAGGACUAGUAAUUGAGAGAGCAAAUUUAAUAGGUGUCGACAGUCUUGGCUUCGAUGUAAGAGUUUCCUCCGGGAUGGAAGUGCAGACUCUUCGUUUUUCAUUUAAUGCUCGGGCUACGUCUGAAAGUGCGGCAGAAAAGAAAAUCAAGCGGAUGCUUUUUCCACGUCAGCAGCGGAAAAGUUUGAGAACUCAUACGGAUGGUGUUAAGGACUUGACUUCUCUUUAAGAUGACACACUGUUCCCUUCAAAUUUUAUAAUGUUCGUUGUUGAAUAAGUGAUAUCCAAAUAGUCACCCAUUUCCGUUUUAGUUUGUAUAUAACUUACCCAUGCAUGCAAAUUAGUGGAUAUAUAUAUAUGGAAUACAAUAAGAAUGUAUCACUGUA